AUGGAUAUUAAGAGCCGGAUAUGGGAUUUCUGUGAGCACCCUAGGCAUACAAAAUGGAUCGCCCCAAUCUUGGUCCUGGGAGAUGCCUUUCUCUGUGCCCUGAUCAUCUGGAAGAUCCCCUAUACUGAGAUCGACUGGACGACUUAUAUGCAGCAGAUCUCUUUGUAUCUGUCUGGCGAGCGUGAUUAUACCGCCAUCAAAGGCUCCACAGGGCCUCUGGUAUAUCCGGCCGCGCAUGUGUACAGCUACGCAGGACUGUAUCACCUGACUGAUAGUGGCCGGGACAUCCUGCUCGGCCAGAUCCUGUUCGCCAUCCUCUAUCUUGCGACAUUGGCGGUGGUGAUUGCUUGUUAUAGGCAAUCCGGAGCUCCUCCGUAUCUCCUUCCGUUGCUCGUCUUGUCCAAACGACUGCACAGUGUUUACGUUCUCCGUCUUUUCAACGAUGGCCUUGCAGCAUUUGCCAUGUGGGCUGCGAUCCUGCUGUUCCAAAACCGAAAAUGGAACGCCGGUGUUAUUGUGUGGUCUACCGGAGUCGCAAUUAAAAUGACGCUCUUGCUUCUUGCCCCGGCGAUUGUAGUCAUCACCGUGCUAAGCCUAUCCUUGCUGCCGAGCAUUCGCCUUGGGAUAUUAGCAGUACUAGUGCAGGUAUAG